AUGAAUCCACUGACAAUCUUCCUAUUGCUUUCGGCGAUUCUUCUGAUCGAGAUGAGUGUCCAAGGACCUGUUGCUCCAGCUUCCGAGCCUUCUCUGCACAGUCUACAGUUUGGGUGAGAUCAUAUUCAUGUAAUGAAACUUUUCUUUAGAUUCCCAUCUUCAAUUAAAGUUAAACCAUCAAAAAUGAGCCACAUUGUGUUGUAAAGUGUAUUUAAGUUUUGAGGAAAAAAAUCGGAGCUCGAUAAAAAUUUUCUUACGUGAAAGAAGCUUCCGAGUAAGAUAGAGAAACAAUAAUUCUGCAUUUUUGAAAAGCGGAUUACGGUAUGCAAAGCUCUGUACACCAUUCCUUCGUUUUCUUGUUGGCGCGAAGUUAAAAUUUUGAAUUUCUCGAAAAGUCUCUUUUGCAGUUUCUGAAACGAAUUCGAAAAAUGCGACGCAAAUUAUACAUCCCGACAUUAAUAACUUUAAAACUCGUAUUUUAUCGGACUUUAACAGAAGUCUGAACGACAAAACCUUAGUAGGGUUCGACCCAGCAACCUUACGAACGCUAGAAAUAAGCCUCAAACACUGAGCUACCAAAAUGAAAGAUUAAAAACCAUCAUCUUCAGCUCCAAGAACAGUCCCAAGACGAGGGCGAAGCGCUGGGGCUACGGCGGCGGCUAUGGCGGCUACGGAGGCGGCUACGGAGGCUACGGAGGCGGUUGGGGCCGUCCUUAUGGCGGUUACGGCGGUUACGGAGGCUACGGCGGCUGGGGAAGUCCCUACGGCGGCUACGGCGGCUGGGGACGACCUUACGGCGGCUGGGGCGGCGGCUUCGGAGGCUACGGAGGCUUCGGCUACGGCGGCUGGGGCAAAUAA